CUUCCCUAAUCUCAGUUCUGAAAAAUGCAUUGUGUACACGCAUGAAAUUUCUACCCCCGAAAACAAAGGGAACAAGAUGGCGAUCAUUGGCCCAGAUACCCAGUCAUACCGACUUGAAGUGCGUGAACGCGAAUGGUGUCAUCCGGAUUGCGAGCAACUCCGACAGCUACAACGGGAGGAGAUUGCGACUAUUUACGGUCGACCUGAUUCAGAGCCGGGCACACCACCCUCCGCUGACGAUAUUUCCGUCUUUAUAGUGGUUUAUCUCUAUCGAUGUGACCAGCCCAAUUCUCAAUUAGGAGCUAGUGCGAAAACCCCCCUGCCGAUUGCUUGUGGAGGCCUUCGUGUGAUCCCACUAAGGAACACCGCUCCCGGCGACGUGGAGGUUAAACGGAUGUACGUUCAUCAAGAAUAUCGUGGGAAACCCUGGUCCGCUGCGAAGGCCAUUUUAAUAGCCUUGGAAAACAAAGCAAGGAAAGAGGGAUGGAAUUCUAUUGUGCUCGAGACGGGAACUUUGCAAAAGGCAGCGAUCAAAUUUUACCAACGCGAAGGAUAUACUCCUAUACCGAAGUUUGGGGCUUACGCGGAGUCGGAACUUUCACUUUGUUUUGGAAAGAGGCUUUGCAGGUAGAGGUAUUACGCCGUUACAGACCAAAGAACAGAAGAUAUAGAGG